AUGGAUGUUUUUUUUGGUAUUUCUAUGAGUAAUCGCAUCGGUAUUAUAGUCGGAUCAGAGUUAGGAUUAGUAACGGUAAUAAUAUUGGGCAUUGCUCUGGGCGUGAUUCUUGGCAUAGUCAUGUUGGUACCAUUGCUCUUCUAUUUUAAGAGACGCGACAUGAUGCGACACAAAAAAAUCAUAAUGGUAUCACCCAAUGCGAGGGAUGUUCAGCUCGGAGAUCCGAUGAUACAUCAGCAACAGGAUUCCUACUUAACUACUAAUACCGCUGAUAUCGACAACCACCACAACAGCAACAACGACCGCUGCCAACAAUACGAUUGUGAGGAAAAGUCCACUUUUUUGGACGAGGGGCGAACAGGGUACGGGGGCUGGUAUUCGUCGUCUUCAACUUCGACCAUUCAACAGCAGGGCAAAACGACGUGUUGUCCUAAUUUGUUGUUGAUGUCGUCGCCUCCACUACUUCAAUCGCAACAGCUACAACAGCCGCAAACGCUAAUCCCUCAAAACGAUAUUUGGCCAAUAUGUCCGGUUCAACACAAACAACAACAACAGUUUUUAUUACAACAACAACACGAAAAACAACAUAACAGUAAUAAUAAUAACUUCAAUAUUAACAAUGAUAAUAACAACAAUAAUAAUAAUGUUAGUGUUUCGAUGUACAUGUCAAAAUGUCCUAUCCUGAAUGACCAUUUGGAUCAUGAUUAUGAUUUACCGAAAUGA